AUGGCCAGCCGUUCGACCGUCUACUCGUGCGCGGAAAGCAGUGGGGCCCGCCCGCGCACGGGAGUGAUUCACGCGCUCGCCACGAGAUGGCCACCGGUCAAUCAUCCACUCGUGCGCGGAAAGCAACAUCACCGCUAUAUAAGAGCGGCUAGCACCAUCGAUCGACACUUCCCCUCAGUGCGCACUGGGGCCCGUACACGGCUUAAGUCGUACUCUCCCUUCGGUGGCCGUUCACGCCAUAGAGGGACUCCUUACCCUCCGACGCGGCCAUGCACGCCGUGCCUCCUCUCGCCAAGCUUUCCUCAACGGCCGUACACGCCGUUGAGCGGGACCCCCGGCAUCCCUGCCGAGAGGCAACUGGACGAGCUACUACCUCCGACUCCGGAGGAAGGCCACGCCGCGGAGACGACGCAGGAGUACGCCAGCCAAGGACCAGACUUCGCCACCACGUCGCAGCCACCUCUGCACUGUCGCCGACCUCGCAGCCGCAUCCGCCCAUGCCCAAGCAGCCUGCUGGCCGCCAUCACCGCGGGGAGGCCUACCCCCGCCGCCAGGACCAGCACAGAGCGGACUUCUCGACUGGGAGGACGACGAGACAGCCAGGCACCGACGCAUCCCGGAACACCGGCGACCCCGCGCCGACCAGAGCCCGCGUCACCAGCGUGGAGGAGCGACUAUCGCCCCACGGCCUCUGGGCGAGAACGACUAGUCGAGUUGUUCGGCGCCCUCUCGACAUCCUCCUCAUCCGCAGAUAGCCACGCGUCCGGACCAGCAUCACGGACACCACCGCGUCCGAGCGCAGCUCCACGGACUUGCCCACCUACGCCAGGCCGCAGCAUCAACUUUCCGGCCCGUAGGGACGCACGCAACGAGCCAACUACCCCGCAACGAGCGACGUUCUCGCCACAGAUUGCGGCGCAUCGCUGCCCGCCUGCUCAAGGCUUCACCGGACUACGCUCUGAGCCCCCUAGCAGUUCGUGGCGCCUUAUAUCAUUGGACCUGAGGAGUAUCACACGGGGAACGCCCCGUCGAAACCACCGGCAGACUUCAUUCUACGCCGCCUCUCAGACCGAGGCCCCUCCAUCCGUCGAAAACGCACUGACGACCCGUGCCAGGACUACUCACCACGGCGGGGCUGGUGCCCGCGAGAGAAGAGCGCAGCGAUAUCGAGAGGAACCUCGCGACCCGGUCACCUCCGGAGGCACAUCAUACACACGGGGGACACAGACCCCCACGCCACGCUCCUAA